AUGAUUCAUGACGCAGAGACGGCCGGCGCUACUCCAUCACAAGAGAACGCACAGAAGGCCAAGAUCAUGCUCAAAGGUGGAUCAAAGAAGAAAGAUGCGACUUUGGAUCUGGUUAAGUCCAUAUCGACAAGUGCUUUGAAAAUCGGUGAGCAAUUUAGGGCUCUUGAAGACAGACUCACGGCAUAUCAAACAUCGCCUGGUGAGAAACCCGAGGACGAAGCCUUAGAUUCGGAGCAAGCAGAAGAGAAACUGUCGUUGACAAUCUCCAAAACUGAUUUUGCCAGGAUGAGAAUCAUCGGUCAAUUCAAUCUUGGUUUCAUCCUCGCAUCUCGUGCUUCGGAGUCUGACGAUGGACCGGUGGCUGCAGAUGAUUUAUUCAUCAUCGAUCAGCAUGCAUCGGAUGAGAAAUACAACUUUGAGCGUCUCUAUGCUACGACGAUUGUCCAGUCUCAACCAUUGGUCCAGCCUAAAACUCUUGAUCUUACGGCCCUUGAAGAAGAGAUCGUCAUGGAGAAUCUCCCGGCACUCGAGACGAACGGCUUCAUUAUCAAGGUUGAUGAGUCUAGCGAAGCACCGGUUGGGCAACGAUGCCAAGUCAUCAGUCUCCCGACGAGCCGAGAAACAACAUUCUCAUUGAACGACCUCGCGGAGUUGAUAGCUCUGUUGGCCGAUCAUCCUCCUGGGAGUGUCCCUCGGCCGUCAAAAGUCAGAAAGAUGUUUGCGAUGAGAGCUUGUAGGAGUAGCAUCAUGAUUGGCAAGACUUUGACGCACAAGCAAAUGGGCAAAGCCGUCAGGCACCUGGGGGAACUUGAUAAACCAUGGAACUGUCCUCACGGCCGACCUACAAUGAGACAUCUAUGUGGCUUAGGUGCCUGGGACGAACUUGGCUGGAAAGAAGGUCUCGAGCCUGAUGGUGAAAAUCCUAGGGCCACGGAUUGGGCAGCUUAUGUUAGAUUAAAUAGGGGCGACCCUGGUACACCAGCACUUUUGGAUGAUGAAGAGACUCUUGUGGGAGGAGAAGAGAUAGAGGACUAA